AUGUUCUAUUUUGGAUUGUUUUUUUUAGCAGACGAAGAAGAAUGGGAACGAACCGCCAAUGCUGCUGUACGCUUAGUGGAAGAAGAAAAGCAGCGAAAAUCCCAAAUGCCGCAAUAUCCCGGAUUAGAACGAUUUGAUAUCAUUGAGAAAAUUGGCGAUGGUGCCUUUUCCAAUGUUUACAAAGCUCGCGAUACCAAGACCAACAAAAUGGUGGCCAUUAAAGUGGUUCGCAAGCGCGAACUGGAUGCUUCCGAUAUGGGUCGCACGCAUUUGCAUCCCAACAUGAAGAAGAAGACCAAAGUCACAGAGCGUGCAAAUAUUAUGAAGGAAGUGCAGAUCAUGCGCAAUAUUAAGCAUAACAACAUUGUGCAGCUCAUUCAAUUCACGGAAUCAGAUGAUUACUACUUCUUGGUGCUUGAAUUAUGUCAAGGUGGCGAACUCUUCCAUCAAAUUGUGAAAUUGACGUAUCUCAGCGAACCCCUUGCACGUCACGUCAUUGUGCAAGUGGCACAAGGUAUCCACCAUCUUCAUGAGGAAUGCGGUGUGGUGCAUCGUGAUAUCAAACCCGAGAAUAUUCUGUUUGAGCCUAUUCCUUUCAUCCCUUCCGAAAAUCCCGAGAAUGCAUUUGACGAGGAAGACAAGGAAGAUGAAGGAAAAUUCACAGAGGGUGUCGGUGGUGGCGGUAUUGGCGUUGUCAAACUUGCCGAUUUUGGAUUGUCCAAGGUUAUCUGGGACAACUCCACUUUGACACCGUGUGGUACUGUUGGCUACACCGCUCCCGAGAUUGUCCGCGAUCAAAAGUACUCGAAAUCGGUGGAUAUGUGGGCCAUUGGUUGUGUCCUUUACACCAUUCUGUGCGGCUUCCCACCUUUCUAUGAUGAAUCCAUCCGUGCACUUACCGAAAAAGUGGCCCGUGGCCAGUACACCUUUUUAAGCCCUUGGUGGGAUCCGAUUUCCGAUUCGGCCAAAGACCUCAUCUCGCAUUUGCUGUGCAUCGACCCUAACCAACGUUACACUAUCAACGAAUUCUUUGAACAUCCAUGGGUUACCGGAAAGCCUUUCCCUCCGCCCCAACCACAGCAGAACGCGAGCAAUAUCCCUGUGAUGAAGAAGCAAGGUGGUGACGCACGAAUGCAAGCUAUCCAGAAUGCGGCUGCCAAGGCCCAGCGACAGCAACAGCAGCAACAACAACAGCCCGCUUACGCUUCAGCGCUUCCUACUCCUGGAGCUCACGACCUUGAUACCCCGACCACAACCCGACGAAAGGAUCUCUUUUCCCCCGACGUGGCCUCUAUCAAGGAAAUCUUGGAUAUCACUUACGCCGUGCAACGUAUGGGUGAAGAAAAAACAAAACAUGGACAACAUCGCCAACAUCAUCAGCUUCAUGCUGUUGACAGCUACGAUCAGUCAUGUUCUUCGGACGAAGACGAGUCCUCUGAAGGAUCCCAGGAUGCAUCGCCACCCAAGUCAGCGGCAGGUUAUUCAAACAAGGAUAGAAUGGCCAUGGCUGAACAAUUAGCUCAUGACGGACGUGGUGUGGCUGGUAAUUACGGUGGUAAACAUACCAUAAGCCAUCCACAGCAACAACAGCAAUCGAAUAUGUCCACGCCCUUGUCCAGAAGACGCAAGCAUGGAUUCCAACUCGAUAUGGGUAAUGCCACUAUUUUGAAGAACAGAAAAGUCCAACCACCGACCAUGAAUGGAGCUCCUGUCUCUGUUCAAAACUAG